AUGAGUAAUUUAAACAGUAAUAUACCCACUUAUUUUGGUAUUGCGUUUGUUGCGUUAGCUACCGGGUUUUACCUGGGACAAACUAUUCCUCAAUUAACCUCUCAAGAAGAUGAAAAAAGGUCACAUCAAAAGAAGGAGAGUAAGAAAUUAUCCACAAAUAUAGAGAACAUCACUGAUGAAGAGUAUCCUGAAAGUGAGGAAUCAGAAGAAGAAGAAGAAGAAGAAGAAGAAGAAUCAGAUUAUGAAAUUGAAUCCUUAGCUUUGAAUGAUAUCCCAGGUGAAGUUAGAAUGGCUUUGGUUAUAAGAACCGACUUAAAGAUGGAGAAAGGUAAAGUUGCAGCCCAAUGUGCCCACGCAGCUCUUGGGUGCUUCCGUUUAAUUGCUACAGAUCCUUCAAAGAAAUCAUAUAACCCAGUUCUAACAAAUAGAUGGUUACAUGGCGGCCAAGCUAAGAUUACUCUAAAAUGUCAAAACAAAGAGAUGAUGGAUGAAUUGUAUGCAAAGGCAUUAUCAUUAGAUGUCAAUGCCGUAGUUAUCCAUGAUGCAGGUAGAACACAAAUUGCGGCUGGUAGUGCUACAGUCUUAGGCAUAGGUCCUGCUCCGAAAUCUGUUUUAGAUCAAAUCACUGGUGACUUGAAACUUUAUUAA